GGAAAAUUAUAGUAAUAAAGUUAAAUUUCAAAUUUGGCCUUAUAGCUAUAAGAGGCAGAAAUAAUAAGAUAGGAUCCUUGGCUGUAAGGAGCUUGUGAUCUAGUGGGCAAGCCAGUUAUAUAAAUGAGUAACUACAUGGUGCCUUGUAGUUUGGAAGUAGAGGCAAAUAUGUAUAAUGUGAUAAGGACAUCUUUAGUCUAUUAAAAUAUAUGUUUCCAGACUUUAUGAACACUUAAUGUAAUAUUGGGUGAUAAAAAUUAGAAUACAGUUGUAUGAUGUCAGCAUCAAGGAGUAUAUACAGCUCACUGCUAGCAGUUAGAAUUAUAAUUUUGUAAAAUGAAACUCCUUAGAUAUCCAAGGUGGGCUUUGCAAAAUACAGAGCUGAAGAAGAUAUGCCUGUUCCUCAGCAGGCAUAUCUGAGAAAAUGUCUCUCAGUAAGAGAGAAAUAACCAGUUCUAAGACACAUGGAUCUACCUUGUAGGAGUCCCAGCUAGUUAGAAUGUGUUAGUAGUCAAAGUAAUUACUGGAAUGCCAUUUUUAGACUCAGAAUUUGAUAAUUUCCACUUUCAUAAUUUUAGAAUUAAAAUAUAUGCAUGAUUUUGAUUAACUCAGAAACAUAUAUGGAAGGCGUUCUGACUCCAUUCCAGGGCUCUUCCUUUUGAGUACCAUUGGUGGUCAUCCAGGGGAAGUAAGUGAGUAGGAUUGACAGCUAGCUGAUGCUUGAUAGCCAUGGACCUGGUGCACCCACAAGGAAAGGGUGUUUUUCUUGUUCAUACAAACUCUGUAGAGUCUAACAUGGCUCAGUCCCCUUUCUUGCCUUCUGUAUCCUUAAGGUCCUAGAAAAAUGUGUGGUACAAUAACUGUGUGUUGAGGAAACUCAAGAUAGGUUUGUAGAUUUGAGCAUUCUGAAACCAAGAUCACGUUUAUCAAAAAGUUUGUGGUUACAAAUAAACCACCAUAACUGUAAUAAACAUUUUUCAUGUUUCUUAGUGGUAAAAACUAUAGAGAAGGGUAGAACAGGUAACUAAAGAGAAGCAUCUUGUGGUUAUCCCAAGAAGUAGGGAUUUUCCUUUAGUAUUCUAGAAAUAACCCUCAUUGCACUGUACACAAAAGAUUAAUUCAAUUACUUUUUUUUUUUGGAAGUAUUGGGGCUUGAACUCAGGGCCUUAUGAUUGCUAGGCAGGUGCUCUACCACUCUGCCAGCACCAGAUUAAUCUAUUUAAGAAUUUCAAGGAUUUGAAAUUUGGUAGUUAUUAAUCAUUGUUUGUUUUUUUGUGUUUUAAGUUCUCAUAUAUCCUCUAAUGCCUUUCACCAGGCAGGAGAAUAAUGACUUGACUGUUCAUGGGAACCUUGAGUUGUAUGUAGGUGAUGUCCUGCUACCUCCUAGAUUACAUUGUUAAUACUGAUGCUGGUCUGAGUCUUCUUCAUGGUCAACUUGUGAUUUAUCUAGAGAUUGGAGUUGGGACAGGAAGAGCUAUGGUUAAGUUCUUAGUAGGAUGUUCUAGGGCUCCCUGUCUCAAGAUUCAGUUCUUAAGGUUAGGAAUUUUUUUUUAUUACACUCUUGAGAUGAUUACAAAGUUUGUUGGGGAGGAGGAGGAUGAGAGAGUAAUGGUGGGGGUGAGCCUAACCAAGGUACAUUGUAAGCAUACAUAGAAACGUCACAAUGUAACCUUCCUGUACAGCUAAUACAUGCUAAUAAAAGUGUUUUAAAAAUUUGUUGGCUAUUUCACAUUUCACAUGUAAAGACUGGCCACUGAUUUUAUAUCAGAACUUUGUUAAAAUUACUUGUGGUUUACUAUUGCUGUUGAUUUGUCCUUUUUUUGUAGGUGAAGCUUUAUUCGAAGACUAUUUGUUUCAUCUAAUUUAUGAACUCAAAUUAUAUAGACUCUAAAUGUUACAGAAGUGUUAAACUCUGCUCGGUCAUGAGCACCGACAGUAAUUCAUUGGCACGUGAAUUUCUGACCGAUGUCAACCGGCUUUGCAAUGCAGUGGUUCAAAGGGCGGAGGCCAGGGAGGAGGAAGAGGAAGAGACACACAUGGCAACCCUUGGACAGUACCUUGUCCAUGGGCAAGGAUUUCUCUUACUUACCAAACUAAAUUCUAUCAUUGAUCAGGCACUGACAUGCAGAGAAGAACUCCUGACUCUUCUUUUGUCACUUCUUCCCCUGGUGUGGAAGAUCCCUGUGCAGGAACAGCAGGCAACAGAUUUUAAUUUGCCAUUGUCAUCUGGUAUAAUCCUGACCAAAGAAAAGAACUCAACUUCCCAAAGAUCUACUCAGGGAAAAUUAUAUUUAGAAGGAAGUGCCCCCUCUGGUCAGGUUUCUACAAAAGUAAACCUUUUACAAAAAAGCAGACGACAGCGUAAAAGUACCCAUCGCUAUUCUGUAAGAGAUGCAAGAAAGACACAGCUCUCCACCUCUGACUCAGAAGGCAAUUCAGACGAGAAAAGUCUAGCAGUGAGUAAGCAUAGGAGGCCCCAUGUGCUACAGCGCUUCAUAACACAGUCUCCUAGAGAAGACCACCUCAUAGCUAAACUUGAUUCCCUUGCAACCAGAGAACAGGCUCCUGCUGACACCAUGGCUGUGGAAAACUCCAGAGAGAUCAUUCUAAGACCGGAGUCAAACACUGACAUUUUAAGUGAGCCAGCUGCCUUGUCUAUUCUCAGCAACAUGAAUAAUUCUCCUUUUGACUUAUGCCAUGUCCUGUUAUCUUUAUUGGAGAAAGUUUGUAAGUUUGAUAUUGCUUUGAAUCGUAACUCUGCCCUGGCAGCCAGUGUAGUGCCCACACUAACUGAAUUCCUAGCUGGCUUUGGGGACUGUUGUAACAACUUAGAGAGCCAAGUAGUUUCUGCAGGUUGGACUGAAGAGCCAGUGGCUUUGGUUCAACGGAUGCUCUUUCGAACAGUGCUACAUCUUAUGUCAGUAGAUACUAGUACUGCAGAGGCCAUGCCAGAAAGUCUUAGGAAAAAUUUAACUGAAUUGCUUAGGGCAGCUUUGAAAAUCAGAGCAUGCUUAGAAAAGCAGCGGGAACCUUUCGCACCAAGACAAAAGAAAACACUACAGGAGGUCCAGGAGGGCUUUGUGUUUUCAGAGUAUCGUCAUAGAGCCCUUCUUUUACCUGAACUUCUGGAAGGAGUUCUACAGAUCCUGAUCUGUUGUCUUCAAAGCGCAGCUUCCAAUCCCUUCUACUUCAGUCAAGCCAUGGAUUUAGUUCAGGAAUUCAUUCAGCACCAAGGAUUUAAUCUAUUUGAAACAGCAGUUCUUCAGAUGGAGUGGCUGGUUUCAAGAGAUGGAGUUCCUGCUGAGGCCUCACAACACUUGAAAGCCCUCAUAAGUAGUGUGAUGAAAAUCAUGAGCACAGUGAAAAAGGUGAAAUCAGAGCAACUUCAUCACUCAGUGUGUACAAGGAAAAGGCACCGACGCUGUGAGUAUUCUCACUUCAUGCAUCACCACCGCGAUCUCUCAGGGCUUCUGGUUUCGGCCUUUAAAAAUCAGCUUUCCAAAAAUCCAUUUGAAGAGAAUGCAGAUGGGGAUGUUCACUACCCCGAGCGCUGCUGCUGCAUCGCGGUGUGCGCCCAUCAGUGCCUGCGCUUGCUGCAGCAGGCUUCCUUGAGCAGCACCUGUAUCCAGAUCCUGUCAGGUGUUCAUGGUGUUGGCAUAUGCUGCUGUAUGGACCCCAAAUCUGUGAUUGUCCCCAUGCUCCAUGCUUUUAAACUGCCAGCACUGAAAAACUUUCAGCAGCACAUACUGAGUAUCCUUAACAAACUUAUUUUGGACCAGUUAGGAGGAGCAGAAGUAUCACAGAAAAUUAAGAAAGCAGCUUGCAACAUUUGUACCGUUGAUUCUGACCAGCUGACCAAGUUAGAAGAGACCCUGCAGGGCAACUCCUGUGAUGCAGCCCCUUCCUUGGGCUUCCCCAGUCCCUCCUACAGAUUUCAAGGGAUCCUGCCCAGCAGUGGGUCUGAAGACUUGUUAUGGAAAUGGGAUGCACUAGAGGCUUAUCAGGACUUUGUUUUUGAAGAGGACAGAUUACAUAACCUACAGAUUGCAAAUCACAUUUGCAGUUUAAUCCAGAAAGGCAACGUACUUGUUCAGUGGAAAUUGUACAAUUACAUAUUUAAUCCUGUGCUCCAAAGAGGAGUUGAACUAGCACGUCAUUGUCAGCACCUGAGCAUCACUUCAGCUCAAGCUCAUGUGUGCAGCUGUCCCAAGCAGUGUGUGCCUCAGGAAGUACUUCAGAUCUACUUAAAAACCCUGCCUAGCCUGCUUAAAUCCAGGGUAAUAAGAGAUUUGUUUUUGAGUUGUAAUGGAGUGAGUCAAAUAAUUGAAUUAAAUUACUUAGACGGUAUUCGAAACCAUUCCCUAAAAGCAUUUGAAACUCUAAUAAUCAGCCUAGGGGAACAACAAAAGGAUGCUUCAGCUCCAGGUAUUGAUGGGCUAGAUGCCGAACAGAAGGAGUCGCCAUCCUUAAAUAUAGAUCCUUCCUUUCACAACCAGCACACUUGUUCAGAUUCUCCUCAGAGCCUCAGCAAAUUUUAUGUCAGUCUCAAAGAAGCUUAUCCAAAGAAACAGAAGACCCUUCACCAGGAUGUUCAUAUCACCACCAUAAACCUCUUCCUCUGUGUGGCUUUUUUAUGUGUAAGUAAAGAAGCAGAGUCUGAUAGGGAAUCAGCCAAUGAGUCAGAGGACACUUCUGGCUAUGACAGUACAGCCAGCGAGCCUCUGAGUCACAUGCUGCCAUGCCUGUCCCUGGAGAGCCUUGUCUUGCCUUCUCCUGAACGCUUGCACCAAGCAGCCGACAUUUGGUCAGUGUGCCGGUGGAUCUACAUGCUGAGCUCAGCCUUCCAGAAACAGUUUCACAGGCUCGGUGGUUUCCGAGUGUGCCACAAAUUAAUAUUUAUGGUAAUACAGAAACUGUUCAGAAGUCACGAAGGUAUAAGUAUACAUGAAAACCAAGACUUAAUCAGAACCUCUCCACCUGACAUAUUGAGGGAAGAUUUAUCAUCCUUAACUAUAAGAUGUGACUCCACGCCAUCAGAACUGGGAAGUCUAAAAAAGUGUGCUGAUAGUUUAGGUAAAUUUGGAUCACAGCAUGCUUCUUGCACAAAUGUGGAGCAAGUUUCAGCUCCUGAAGGAGCAAAGGGAUUUGUAAGUCAAGAAAACGAGACCUCACUUCAGAGCAUACGGCUUUUGGAAGCCCUUCUAGCCAUUUGUCUUCAUAGUGCCAGAACCAAUCAGCAGAAGAUGGAAUUGGAGCUACCUAGUCAGAAUUUGUCUGUGGAAAAUAUAUUGUGUGAAAUGAAGGACCAUCUUUCCCAGUCAAAGGUGACUGAAACAGAAUUAGCAAAACCUUUGUUUGAUGCCCUGCUUCGAGUAGCCCUGGGGAGUCAUUCAGCAGACUUUGAACAUAAUGACACUAUGACUGAGAAGAUUCAUCAGUCUGAGGAAGAAUUAUCCCAGCCUGGAGAUUUUUCAGAAGAAGCUGAGGAGUCUCAGUAUUGUCGCUUUAAUCUUUUGGGUGAAGAAGAAGGUUAUGAAGCAGAUAGUGAAAGCAAUCCUGAGGAUGGUGAAACACGAGAUGAUGAGGUAGAAGUAGAGCCAGAAGCGGAAGGUUUCCGUGCACCCGCAGGUCCACAUGACUUACUUGAGAACUUCUCUCAGGGGGAGAUGAUAUACCCUGAGAUCUGCAUGCUGGAAUUAAAUCUGCUUUCUGCCAGCAGAGCUAAACUUGAUGUGCUCACUCAUGUUUUUGAGAGUUUCUUGAAAGUCAUCAGGCAGAAAGAAAAGAAUAUUUUUCUGCUCAUGCAACAGGGAACUGUGAAAAAUCUUUUAGGAGGGUUCUUGAGUAUUUUAACACAAGCUGAUUCUGACCAUAGUGUAUGCAGAUAUUUCGUAGUUUGUUUACUGAUGUCCAUGUCCUGUUCAAGGUUUUACCAAAAGAGCCUAACACCUUCUUUUGAAAGAAAUUUGCUGGAGAAAUCUCCUUGUACGGAAAUUCUUCUUCUGGCAUUCUGAAAAUUGUUUGAAAGUGAUGUUACUAUGAGCCUGUCACACUAUCCUCACCUUCCUUUGCUGCAUUACAGCCCAAUGGGUCAGCAAUGGUAUCUCAUCACAAAGUGUCCUGGGAUUCUGAAACAACAGGCCAUGGGCUUGUUGAGAAGCAUUUCCCGGGGCAAGAAGGAAGCUGGCAGAGAAGGUUUUCCCACCAUCAUCUGCCUGUCCUCUUGGCACAUAGCGCCAAUCACACUUGCCGCUGCUGGGGCAGAAUGCUGGCCACACUCUCAGAAGGUUUCAGUAAUGCCGCCACUGUUUGGUUUAAUGUGGAUGUGUCACUCAUGAUCUUGCCAGAAUACUGCACAAAGAGGAAAGAAGGCAAAGAAAAGGGCAAAUUGGUCAGUUUUAACAAGACAGCAGUUUGAUGGAGCAGACAGCAACAGACCAGAAGGUGCGGAGUCCAUAAACCCUGAUGAAAGACUAAUAGAAGAAGGCUGUAUUCAUUUGAUUUCACUGGGAUCCAAAGCACUGAUGAUCCGGUGGGCUGAUCCCCACAGUGGCACUUUCAUCUUUCGUGUGUGUGUGGACUCAAAUGAUAAUAUGAAAGCCAUUUUACUAGCACAGGUUGAAUCACAGGAGAAUAUUUCUCCAAGCAAAUGGCAACAUUUAGUACUCACCUACCUACAGCGGCCUCAAGGGAAAACUGUCCAUGGGAAAAUCUCCAUAUGGGUCUCUGGCAGAAGGAAGCCUGAUGUCACUUUGGAUUUUAUGCUUCCAAGAAAAACAAGCUUAUCAUCUGAUAGUAACAAAACAUUUUGCAUGAUUGGCCAUUGUUUAUCUUCCCAAGAAGAGUUUUUGCAAGUGGCUGGAAAAUGGGACCUCGGAAAUUUGCUCCUUUUCAAUGGAGCUAAGAUUGGUUCACAAGAGGCCUUUUAUCUAUAUGCUUGUGGACCCAGCCACACAUCUGUAAUGCCAUGUAAAUAUGGCAAGCCCGUGAUCGACUUCUCCAAAUAUAUUGACAAAGAAAUUUUGCAGUGUGAACAAAUCAGAGAACUUUUUAUGACCAAGAAAGAGGUGGAUGUUGGUCUCUUAAUUGAAAGUCUUUCAGUUGUUUAUACAACUUAUUGCCCAGGCCAGUACACCAUCUAUGAACCAGUGAUUAGACUCAAAGGUCAAGUGAAAACCCAGCCCUCUCAAAGACCCUUCAGCUCAAAAGAAGUCCACAGCAUCUUGCUAGAACCUCCUCAGCUGAAGACCCUCCAGCCCACUGAAUGUCAAACUGUUCAGGGCAUUCUGCAUGAGAUUGGUGGAGCUGGUAUAUUUGUUUUCCUCUUUGCUAGGGUUGUGGAACUCAGUGACUGUGAACAAACUCAAGCAUUAGCACUGCGAGUUAUAUUGUCUUUAAUUAAAUACAGCCAACAGAGAGUACACGAAUUGGAAAAUUGUAAUGGACUUUCCAUGAUUCAUCAGGUGUUGAUCAAACAAAAAUGCAUUGUUGGCUUUCACAUUUUGAAGACUCUUCUUGAAGGUUGUUGUGGCGAAGAUGUUAUCCAUAUCAGUGAGAAUGGAGAAUUUAAGUUGGAUGUGGAGACUAAUGCUAUAAUCCAAGAUGUUAAACUAUUAGAGGAGCUCUUGCUUGAUUGGAAGAUAUGGAACAAAGCAGAGCAAGGUGUGUGGGAAACUCUGCUGGCCGCACUAGAAGUCCUCAUCCGGGCAGAGCACCAACAACAGUGCUUCAAUAUUAAGCAGUUGCUGAGAGCGCGAGUGGUUCAUCACUUCCUACUGACCUGUCAGGUUUUGCAGGAACACAAAGAGGGGCAACUUACAUCCAUGCCCCGAGAGGUUUGUAGAUCAUUUGUGAAAAUUAUUGCAGAAGUCCUUGGAUCUCCUCCAGAUUUGGAAUUAUUGACAAUUAUCUUCAAUUUCCUUUUAGCAGUUCACCCUCCUACUAAUACUUACGUUUGUCACAAUCCCACAAACUUCUACUUUUCUUUGCACAUAGAUGGCAAGAUCUUUCAGGAGAAAGUACAGUCAAUCAUGUAUCUGCGACAUUCCAGCAGUGGGGGAAAAUCCCUCCCUGGCCCUGGAUUUAUGGUAAUAAGCCCGUCUGGUUUUACUGCUUCACCUCCUGAAGGAAAUGAUUCCUCCAAUACUGUUCCUCAGCAGAUGGCUGCCCACAUACUGCGUUCUAGAAGCCUACCAACAUUUCCUACCUCUUCAUCACUAAUGCAGCCACGAAAACUGACUAGAAGUCUGGACUGUAGUAUUGACAAGUUAGAAAACACUGUAGAGCCUUACCUUGCUACCCAGCCAGAGAAACAGAAUCCUUUGGGGAGUUUUAUCACGCUAAAAACUGGCAAAGAGGAUGCGUUCAUCAGUAGCUGUGAGUCUGCAAAAACUGCGUGUGAAGAGGAAGCUGUUCUCAUGGCCCAAGCUUCUGUCAGUGGUGUCCCCAAAGGAACCCUGGGGUUUCCCGUGGCCAAAGUAGAUCAUCAAGACUUGGGAACAGAACCCAGAUCAGAUGAUGACAGUCCUGGCAACGAGUUCUGUCCCCGCCGACCUGAUAACCUGAAGGGGCUGGCCUCCAUCCAGCAAAGCCACAGCAUGAUUGCAAGUCUUGGGCUAGCUUUUCCUUCGCAGAACGGGUCUGCAGCCGUCGGCCGGUGGCCGAGUCUUGUUGAUAGGAACACUGAUGUUUGGGAAAACUUUGCCUUUUCUCUUGGCUAUGAGCCAAACUACAACCGAACUGCAAGUGCUCACAGUGCAACUGAAGAAUGCUUGGUACCUAUAUGCUGUGGAUUAUAUGAACUUUUAAGUGGAGUCCUCCUCAUCCUGCCUGAUGUUAUGCUUGAAGAUGUGAUGGACAAACUUAUUCAAGCAGAUACACUCUUAGUCCUUGUGAACCACCCAUCACCCUCUAUACAGCAAGGAGUGAUUAAACUAUUACAUGCAUAUUUUAAUAGAGCAUCUAAGGAACAAAAGGAUAAAUUUCUGAAGAAUCGUGGCUUUUCCUUGCUAGCCAACCAGUUGUAUCUUCAUCGGGGAACUCAGGAAUUGUUAGACUGCUUCAUUGAAAUGUUCUUUGGUCGACGUGCUGGUCUUGAUGAAGAAUUUGAUCUGGAAGAUGUGAAAAACAUGGGACUUUUUCAGAAGUGGUCUAUCAUUCCUAUCCUGGGACUAGUAGAGACCUCACUAUAUGACAACAUCCUCUUGCACAAUGCUCUCUUACUUCUCCUCCAAGUUUUAAAUUCUUGUUCAAAGGUAGCAGACAUGCUGUUGGAUAAUGGUCUACUCUAUGUGUUAUGUAAUACAGUAGCAGCCCUGAAUGGAUUAGAAAACAUUUCUUUGAAUGAGUACAGAUUGCUUGCAUGUGACAUACAGCAGCUUUUCAUCGCAGUUACAGUUCAUGCUUGCAGUUCCUCAGGCUCACAGUACUUUAGAGUUAUUGAAGACCUUAUCGUACUCCUUGGAUAUCUUCACAAUAGCAAAAGCAAGAGGACACAAAAUAUGGCUCUUGCCCUGCAGCUUAGAGUUCUUCAGGCUGCUAUGGAAUUUAUAAAGAGCACAGCAAAUCUGGACUCUGAAAACCCAACGGACACAUCACAGUCACCUUCUCCCCACCACGCAGUGUUUCAGAAGCGGAAGAGCAUUGCAGGGCCUCGAAAAUUUCCCCUGGCUCAAACUGAAUCUCUUCUGAUGAAAAUGCGUUCAGUGGCCAGUGAUGAGCUCCAUUUGAUGAUGCAGAGGAGGAUGAGCCAGGAGAACCCCAGCCAGGCCUCGGAAGCAGAGCUUGCUCAGAGACUGCAGAGGCUCACUGUCUUAGCAGUCAACAGGAUCAUUUAUCAAGAUUUUAAUUCAGACAUUAUUGACAUUUUGAGAACUCCGGAAAACACAACUCAAAGCAAGAUCUCACUUUCCCAGUCUGAAAUUUCUGAGGAAAACAUGCAUCACGAAAAGUCUUCUGCUUUCAAUCCGUUUCAAAAAGAAAUGUUCACAUAUCUGGUAGAAGGAUUCAAAGUGUCUGUUAGUUCAAGUAAAACCAGUGGCUCUAAGCAGCAAUGGACUAAAAUCCUGUGGUCUUGUAAAGAAACCUUCCGAAUGCAGCUUGCAAGACUACUAGUGCACAUUUUGUCACCAGCCCACACUGUACAAGAGAGAAAGCAAAUAUUUGAAAUAGUUUGUGAGCCAACUCAUCAGGAAAUACUGCGUGACUGUCUCAGCCCAUCCCCACAACAUGGAGCCAAGUUAGUUCUGUAUUUGUCAGAGUUGAUACAUACUCACCAGGAUGAGUUGGCUGAAGAAGAUCUGGACACAGCAGAGCUGCUUAUGAAUGCUCUUAGGCUGUGUGGCCACAAGUGCAUCCCUCCCAGUGCCCCGUCAAAGCCUGAGCUUAUUAGGAUGAUCAAAGAGGAACAGAAGAAAUAUGAAACCGAAGAGGGUAUGAAUAAAGCCUCCUGGCAGAAAACAGUUAAUAAUAAUCAACAAAGUCUCUUUCAGCGCCUUGACUCAAAAUCAAAAGACAUAUCUAAACUAGCUGCAGAUAUCACCCAGACAGUAUCUCUGUCCCAGGGUAUUGAGAGAAAAAAGGUGAUUCAGCAUAUCAGAGGAAUGUACAAAGUGGAUCUGAGUGCCAGCAGACACUGGCAGGAGCUCAUUCAACAGCUGACACACGACAGAGCAGUCUGGUAUGACCCCAUCUACUAUCCAACCUCAUGGCAGUUGGAUCCAACAGAAGGGCCAAACCGAGAGAGGAGACGUUUGCAGAGAUGUUACUUAACGAUUCCAAAUAAGUAUCUCCUGAAGGACAGACAAAAGUCAGAAGAUGUGAUCAAGCCACCACUCUCUUAUCUAUUUGAAGACAAAACUCACUCUUCUUUUUCCUCUACUGUCAAAGACAAAGCUGCAAGUGAAUCCAUAAGAGUAAAUAGAAGAUGUAUCAGCGUUGCACCAUCUAGAGAGACAGCUGGUGAACUGUUGUUAGGUAAAUGUGGAAUGUAUUUUGUAGAAGAUAAUGCUUCUGAUACAGUUGAAAGUUCGAGCCUUCAAGGAGAGUUAGAACCGGCAUCAUUUUCCUGGACAUAUGAAGAGAUUAAAGAAGUUCACAGGCGUUGGUGGCAACUGAGAGACAACGCUGUGGAGAUCUUCCUAACAAAUGGCAGGACACUGCUGCUGGCAUUUGACACCACCAAGGUCCGUGAUGAUGUGUACCACAAUAUACUCACAAAUAAUCUCCCAAAUCUUCUGGAAUAUGGUAACAUCACUGCUCUGACGAAUCUCUGGUAUGCUGGACAGAUUACCAAUUUUGAAUAUUUGACUCACUUAAACAAGCAUGCCGGCCGGUCCUUCAACGACCUCAUGCAGUACCCAGUGUUCCCAUUUAUACUUGCUGACUAUGUUAGUGAGACACUGGACCUCAGUGACCCCUCAGUCUACAGAAAUCUCUCUAAACCGAUAGCUGUGCAGUAUAAAGAAAAAGAAGAUCGUUAUGUGGACACAUACAAGUACUUAGAAGAAGAGUACCGCAAAGGAGCCAGGGAAGAUGACCCCAUGCCCCCUGUGCAGCCCUAUCACUACGGCUCCCAUUACUCCAACAGUGGUACUGUGCUCCACUUCCUGGUCAGGAUGCCUCCUUUCACAAAAAUGUUUUUAGCAUAUCAAGAUCAAAGUUUUGACAUCCCAGACAGAACUUUUCAUUCAACAAACACAACCUGGCGCCUCUCUUCAUUUGAAUCCAUGACGGAUGUGAAGGAGCUCAUCCCAGAGUUUUUCUAUCUGCCCGAGUUCUUAGUUAACCGUGAAGGUUUUGAUUUUGGUGUGCGUCAGAAUGGUGAACGGGUUAAUCACGUCAACCUUCCUCCUUGGGCCCGGAACGAUCCUCGUCUUUUCGUCCUCAUCCACCGCCAGGCUCUCGAAUCUGACCAUGUGUCUCAGAACAUCUGCCAUUGGAUUGACCUGGUGUUCGGGUACAAACAGAAGGGGAAGGCUUCUGUUCAAGCCAUCAAUGUUUUCCAUCCUGCUACCUACUUUGGAAUGGAUGUCUCUGCAGUUGAAGAUCCAGUUCAGAGACGAGCACUAGAAACCAUGAUAAAAACUUACGGGCAGACCCCUCGCCAGCUGUUCCACACAGCCCAUGCCAACAGACCUGGAGCCAAGCUUAACAUCGAAGGAGAGCUUCCAGCUGCUGUGGGGUUGUUAGUGCAGUUUGCUUUCAGAGAGACCCGAGAACAGGUCAAAGAAAUUACCUGUCCGAGCCCUUUGUCAUGGAUAAAAGGCUUGAAAUGGGGAGAGUACGUAGGCUCCCCGAGCGCCCCAGUGCCUGUAGUGUGCUUCAGCCAGCCCCAUGGAGAGAGAUUUGGUUCUCUCCAGGCACUGCCUACCAGAGCAAUCUGCGGUUUGUCUCGAAAUUUCUGUCUUCUGAUGACCUACAGCAAGGAGCAAGGUGUAAGAAGUAUGAACAGUACCGACAUUCAGUGGUCAGCCAUCCUGAGCUGGGGAUAUGCUGAUAACAUCUUACGGUUGAAGAGUAAGCAAAGCGAGCCGCCAGUAAACUUCAUACAAAGUUCACAGCAGCACCAGGUGACCAGUUGUGCCUGGGUGCCAGACAGUUGCCAGCUCUUCACGGGGAGCAAGUGUGGAGUCAUCACGGCCUACACCAACAGGUUCACCAGCAGCACGCCAUCAGAGAUAGAAAUGGAGACUCAGAUGCAUUUGUAUGGGCAUACAGAAGAGAUAACCAGCUUGUUUGUCUGCAAGCCGUACAGUAUCAUGAUAAGCGUGAGCAGAGAUGGGACCUGCAUCGUGUGGGACUUAAACAGGUUGUGCUAUGUACAAAGUCUGACAGGACACAAAAGCCCUGUUACUGCUGUCUCUGCCAGUGAAACAUCAGGUGACAUUGCUACUGUGUGUGAUUCAGCUGGUGGAGGCAGUGACCUGAGACUCUGGACAGUGAACGGGGACCUCGUUGGACACGUCCACUGCAGGGAGGUCAUCUGUUCCGUGGCCUUCUCCAACCAGCCUGAGGGCAUAUCCAUCAACGUAAUCGCAGGGGGUCUAGAAAAUGGGAUUGUAAGGUUAUGGAGCACAUGGGACUUGAAGCCUGUGAGGGAAAUUACAUUCCCCAAAUCCAAUAAGCCUAUUGUAAGCCUUACGUUUUCCUGUGAUGGCCACCAUUUGUACACAGCCAACAGUGACGGAAUGAUUGCAUGGUGUCGUAAGGACCAGCAGCGUGUGAAGCAGCCCAUGUUCUACUCCUUCCUCAGCAGCUAUGCCGCGGGAUGAGCAGUGGAACUAUGUUUCCCACAGCUCUUGACUGCAGCCUGGAGGGGCCGGUGUCACCACUUCGAGGAGGUGAACGUGAAGGAGCAGUAACUAAACGCCCCAUCCAGUGCUGAGACUCCUGCUCCUCGCACAGAACUCCCAGCCACCUGGACCAAGGAGGGGCAGCUGCCUUAGCCUGUGGUGUGUGGAAGAUGCCAGCACGCCAGUCACUAAGUCUUAGCUACUGCAUGAUAAAUUAAAGUCAUGCACUUAAAGCUUUUCUCCCACAAAGAUGUCCUAAAGAAAAGAUGAGGGCCCCCCUUUUUCUCUUUUUUCAAAAGGGCCAAUAGAAUUUAAGUUGGCUAAGUAAAUAUUUAUAUAAAAUACUCUAUUGUAUUUUCAAAGUUUUCUGCCUUGAUAUCCCACACACCCACACUGCCCCAAAAAAGAAAAAAAAAAAAACAGAGUUUUUGGGACUCAACAAUUGCUUUCUUUGAAAAGCAAGUUAUUCAGCAGGUGCCACACCAAGCGCUUGCUAAGAUAUGAAUACUAAGAGACUGCUGGUGCGUCUUGGCUCAAAGGAGAACCAGAAUUUCUUGACAGCCACAAGCAACAACACAAGUUAUCUCUGAUUUCAGACACAUUCUAUUUCCUCAUGAUAAUUGUACUUAAACUGGAACACUAUAAACUGAAAUACUUAGUCGAGUGACUGAGGUAAAUGGAAUGGUAAGUCUUUUAGCAUCUGCUGUUAACAAUGCCACUACAGAGCUUUGAACCCUUCCCUCCUAAGCCUGGCAGGCGUUAAUAGUGCAGCCAGGAUAAAGCUGUUCAUCUGAUCUGCAGGGAGAAUGUUCUUUCCCAAAGCAAAACUAUAACAGGAAAGGAAACAGCUUACUGUGUUUUAAACAGAAGGCAAAAUAACUUGUAGGAAACCGUUUUCAAUCUGUUCCUUUUAACCUAUACCAUUGGAGAAUUCUAGGAGCAAUAGAAAAAUCUAAGUGGACUCAAAGCCAGUUUCUGAGCCGCGAAGACACAGCUCCUUGAGCUGGUGACAGCCCAUCUCGGUCAUGCUGGGACGGCUGCAUGUUUGCUUGGGGUGCUACUCUAGUGACUUUGAGCACACUGUAAAGUAGGCUCAGAAAUAUGUUACCAAGGGAUGGAAAUAUGUAUUCCUGUCUAAGAAUAACUCACACAUUUAUUGUGGCAAUUUAGUUCAGGCGAUGUUUACAGAACUACUUUUGUAACUUCCAGACUCUCCAAAAACAUCCUGCUUAAAAACUGUAAAAUGCAAUUCCAGAGUCUCUGCUGUCAGGAUAAGCACAGGGCGAGUGGCCACAUGUGCUUGGGCCUCACAUUAAUGCUGAGGUCCAUGGAAGUGCAGAGAUGAGAUUACUCCUAUUCACGUUGAAGUGAUCUGCUUUGUUUAAAAAGAAAACUCAGCUAUUGUCUAGCUUCCACUUUUUUACUAAGAACUCUGGUCUCCUAAUAGAAUGGGUUGCUACUCGGUCUUUUUUUAGGGCUGACGUUCAUCAUUUAUCUAAAGAGAAAAUAUGCAAAACAACUGGUCUUGUGAAGAGUGCAAUAUUCUAUUUUUAUGUCACAAUAGAAAUUAAUUUGGGGGGAUUAUUUAUUCAGCAUGAAACCUACUAUGUGUGUGUCGGAAACACGCCAUAACGUGCAUGUUUACCAAACGUUUCUGUAAGUUAGCACACGCUCUGUUAUCUUUGCAUACACUGCCACUUGGUUUGGAAAUAAAUUUCAUAAAAUAGA